AUGAAGUGGAGGAGGAUCGUGAUCUUUGCCAUCUUGCAGGCACGGCUCCCAGUCACAGAUGCUGUACCAGUUCUUGGACUGACAGACCCAAGACUCUGCUACUUACUGGAUGGAUUCCUCUUCAUUUACGCAGUCGUCGUGACAGCCCUUUUUGUGAAAGCAAAGCUUAGCCAGGCCUCUGAACCACAGCUGCAACCAGGCCAGGAUGAUGUCUAUAAUAAACUGUCUCGUGGACACAGAGAUGAAUACGAUGUUCUGGGGGCAAAGCGAGGUGCAGACCCUGAGCUGGGCGGGAGACACCAGCAGAGAAGAAAGAACCCUCAGGACACCAUCUACACUGCACUGCAGAAGGACAAGAUGGGCGAGGCAUACAGUGAAAUUGGAAUGAAGGGAGAGCAGCAGAGGCGGCGAGGCAAAGGGAACGAAGGCCUCUACCAGGGACUCAGUGCAGCGACCAAGGACACGUAUGAUGCUCUGCAAAUGCAGCCUUUGCCCCCCCGCUAA